GGUCAAUGACCAUCUGUAUGUGUCGUGUGCGCUUGUGCAGGUUCAUUCUAUGCCAGGGGCGAGUGUUAUUAUAAGGCCUAGAAUUUAAUGCACCUGCAUUGAAGGAAAUAACACUCUGUUGAAUCAGAUAUUGUAACAAAUGCUCAUUUGACGCGUUACUUGCAAACAACACAAUCCGGAUAAAAAUGGCUGAAUUACCGAUGGGGAAAGGGGUCUCCGCAGGAAAAAUAGCAAGCAAUGUACAGAAAAAAAUUACCAGGGCUCAGGAAAAGGUUCUUCAAAAGCUUGGCAAGGCAGAUGAGACUAAAGAUUUGGCAUUUGAAGAGGGUGUGAUCAAUUUUAACAAACAGCUGGUUGAAGGCACCAAACUGCAGAAAGACCUUCGGGCCUAUUUGGCUGCUGUGAAAGCCAUGCAUGAAUCUUCUAGACGUCUGUACGAGUGCCUGGAUGACAUGUAUGAGAAUGAUUGGUAUGGCAGAAAGGACGUGGACUCCAUCUGUGAGGAUUCAGACCUCCUUUGGACGGACUUCCAUCAGAAACUUGUGGAUCACGCACUUAUAUCCAUGGACACUUACCUGGGCCAGUUUCCGGACAUCAAAGCCCGUAUUGCGAAGCGUGACAGGAAGCUGGUUGACUUUGACAGUGCACGGCACAACUUUGCUGCGGUAAACAAAGGCAAGAAAAAGGAGGGGAUUAAGAUUACCAAGCCAGCUUCCUUGCUGGAGAGGGCCGCCCCAGGUUGGGCUCAGGGGAUCCUGUCCGCCCAUAACGUGGCUCAAACCAGCCUCUCCAGGAGUCAGGCAGAGGAAGAGCUGGAGAGGGCACAGAAGGUGUUUGAAGAGAUUAAUAUAGAUUUGCAGGAGGAACUGCCAUCUCUGUGGAACAGUCGUGUUGGCUUUUACGUGAAUACAUUCCAGAGUGUGGCUGGUCUGGAGGAGAAGUUUCACCGAGAAAUGGGAAAAAUUAAUCAGAAUCUGAAUGAUACACUGGUGAAAUUAGAAAAUCAAGAUAUGUCCAGUGAAAGAACACAAGAUGCCAAUCACACUUUGAGCCCAGGAGGACCGCCAGCCAUUCCCAAAUCUCCGUCUAAGCUAAAGCCAGCUGUCCCUCCACCUCCUAAAGUUACUCCAUCAAAGGAUAUGAAACAGGAGAGCAUCAUCAAUCUAUUUGGUGAGGCUGCCACUCCAAACAUCAGUGUCACUUCGCCAACACAGUAUGAAGCUCCAGCCACUGCUAAUCUGCUGGAUAUGGAUCUGGACUCACUUCAGGCCGCCACCACCCCAGCCGCACAGAAUUGGGAUCCAUGGGAGCAAACAGAGAAGGAAGCUGAGGUGCCACAGACAUGGGACGAUGAUGGUACCCAGCCUGUGCACUCUGGCUGGGGCGAUGAUGGUACCCAGGCUACCUGGGAUGAUGAUGAUGGUAGCCAACCUGUGCAUGCUCCGGCCGCAAUCCCCACCUGGGAUGAUGAUGAUGAGGGCUCUCAGCUUGUGCAGGGGAAUGACAAUGAUUCUACCCCGCAGGCCCAGGGGUGGGACGAUGAUGGGGCUCAGGCCACGGAAAAGGCAGUUGUUACAGAAGAGGCAGUAGCUGAAACCGUAAGUGAGACUGCAGCAGUGACCACAGAGACCACAGAGAGUGUAGAGAUGCCAGAAGCCUUCCUGUUCAAAGUGAAAGCAAUGCACGACUACAAUGCCAAUGACUCCGAUGAGUUGGAGUUGAAGGCAGGAGAUGUGGUGCUGGUAGUGAACUUCGAAAAUCCAGAUGAGCAGGAUGAAGGGUGGUUGAUGGGAGUCAAAGAGUCUGACUGGAUUCAGCAUAAAGAUCUUGGGAAAAAGGGGGUCUUCCCUGAAAACUUCACUCAGAGGAUGUGAGCGCCUGUGAUCAGCUUGAUCUGUGACACUGUUGCCCCUUCUAUAUUACUCCUUUUUGCUUCCUUUGAAAAAACAGACAAGAAAAACUGUACUACAUCAACAAAUGCAUAGCCACAGGCAAUCUGCUGGUUAUGUUGGUGGAAGUUGUUGACAGGUUAGUCUUUGCGUUGUUUUGGCUGUCCUCUUCAUGACUCAUGCUAUAAGACGAUUGAAUCAACCUUUGACAAAAUAAGUGGUAGUAGGUUUUCCUUUUCUAAUUGAGGGAGUAACAUACCCAAAGUAAGUUCUUGCUGUAAAUGUUUUUAGACUAGCCACUCUUAACCAUUGUCCUAUUUUGAGUGAAAAAGUUUUAAAGUCUCAUACCUGAAAGAUGAGCUCACAAACUGAGAAAAUAGUCUCUAUAGUCUCUAUAUACUGAGCACUAUUUGAGCUGCAUGUAAUAUAAUUAUGUCUCAGAUGGAAACAAACAGUAUUUCUUUUUAAAUGGUGAAGUCCCUGCAAAAAUGUGUUCUGUUUUGCUAAUGUUCCCAUUAAGUUAUAAAAAUGUUAUAUUUGAAUGCUCUCUGAAUGUUUAAAAUGUUUUUAUUUAUUUAUUUAUUUAUUUUUACGUUGGUUAUGCCAACGUUAAGGGAACAUUGUGGGAAACAUUAUGGGAACAUUUCAGAACAUUCAAAAGUAACAAGUAUAACAUUUAAAAAACAUUUGACGAACAUCCGACUGAAACAUAAAUACUGAAAACUGAAAAUAAUGUUUUUGUGCUAACUUUUUGAGAACAUUAUUAAACACCAGAAAAAAAACAUUGUUAACGCUAAUGGAAGAACGUUUGUUCAUAACUUUGAAAGAACCUUCCAGAACGUUAGCCAAAGUUGUGAGAACGUUCCCUGUUAGCUGGGUAAUUGUUUGACUGCUCUGUCAAAGAUCUACCAGCACCAUUUCUGCAUGUUUAAAUCAGGAACACACUCAAAAGUAAAAAUAAAACAGACUAAUAUAGUCAAAGGAGUAUUUUGUCCAUCUCAUUAAGAAACAAAAACCAUAUGCACUCGUUCCAUAUGCAGUUAAUGUCGACAUUAAUGAGGCUGAUGUAUUUAACCCGGGACUCUUGCUCAGGUUGUAUGUUAAUGAACCUGUGUGCUAUUUCUGACUCUUGGCUUUACUGUAUAUGCGAUAUUACUAUCCACAGAUGUUUUUGAUAAAGACAUUUCCGAUAUUAACAUUUGACUAAUACUUCACUGUGCAAAGAGAGUCAUAUACACAUAAUUUGUCUCGGUCAUUUAGUAAAAUACAGUUUAUACUCCAUGAAGGAGAAUUUCUUAACAUGUAAUGCAAUAAGCUCUACACAGAUUUUUAAUUCUUUAUUAAUCUUAUUCAUAGACAUAUCGGAGAUAUUGGGCAAUGGCAAAGUGUGGAUAUUAACGCUCACUUGUGUGAGUUUUAAUACAGUGCAACAUUCAAAAGUGACUCAGAAUAUGCAUAAUAUGACUUCAGUCCUCUUACACUGUAUUUAUAGUUUUAUUUUUGUACACUGUGCGACAAAUGAGAGUUAAAAUGAUUCUAUGUGCCAUGAUCACUGGCUUAUAACUGAGGUCUUUCUCGGUCUUUUCAUGUCUGAUCAGAAUUUACCAUCCAUCCCAUAGCAACAAGAGCAGAACAGGUUUAGUGUAUCUUCGGUUAUGAACUAUAAUAAGGACCGAACUCAAGUUGGUAUGGCAGAGAUAUUGAUUCUCCAGUCAUCUGUUGUGCUGAAUGAGAACUUGUUUGCUUUUUGUUCGGUUUGUUUGUUGCUCCUGAUCUCUCUCUAAUUGGACGUGUCAUGUGACCCAAGCUUUCGAGGGAGUUCUUGCCACGCUUCACCAGUUUUGAAGCAAGUGUGUGUGUUUGCUUUUUGUACCCUGUACUGAGAAAUUAAUGUGAUCUGUAUAGAGACUGAUUACUGAGUUAUUUAAGCUGCCAAUGCAUCUUUAAUGACCUCUCGCUCAAGCUAUUAAUUAAAUCGAAAGUCCCCAGAAUGACUGGACAAAGACUUCCUCCUACUGUAUUUGAGCGCAGUUACGAUAUUUGCUAGCGUUGUUGCAUUUGUAGCCGUGAACAUUGUGUAGUUUUGUUGGGUUUCGUCACUAAAGAUACAAAUUCUCUGAACAUAUCUAUAUCUGUAAUUAGUGUGAAUGUGAAAGAGGCAUGCUUCAAUCCAUGAGCAGUGUGUCUGUGUGUAGUGACUUGAUGUUUUCUUGCUGAGGUGGCCUGGGAAACCAGAGUCACUUUACGCCACUUUAAGCCAUGAGUGUAUCAUUCUACAGUCCUGUAUCCUGCUGACUCACCAAUGCUAAUAAACAUGGAUUUAAUCCUG